GUGCGCGUGCCUUCAGCCCUGCUCUCAGCUGCUGCCGAGGCGGAGGAGGAUGAUGGCGGAGCUGCUUCAUGGACAGGCCUCGGUAGCAUCGAAAGAUGACUUCGCGGACACAAUUCGCCGGGUCCGACAGAUGGCAGCAAAAAUGGGAGGAGACCAGAUGUCCAACCUGAACAGCUCAAGUCCAGUUAUAGAUGCCCCUCUCUAUAGUUUUGGAGCCCAUAAACGGUCUCCAGACAAUGGAGGCAAUCAGUUCAGUUCAAUGCUAAAUACAAGGGCUCUUACAACAGAAGACUUCAAAGUGCCUGAUAAAAUGGUGGGAUUCAUUAUUGGCAAAGGAGGCGAGCAAAUAUCAAGAAUUCAGUUGGAGUCUGGUUGUAAAAUUCAGAUUGCAUCAGACAGUGGAGGGAUGUUGGAUAGACCCUGCACACUUACUGGUAGCCCAGAAAAUAUUGAACAGGCCAAGAGACUCUUGAAUGUGAUUGUGGAGCAGUGUCGGUAUGGGCCAGGCUUCCACAAUGAGAUGGACGGCAACAGUGCCAUCCAACAGAUCCUUAUCCCUGCCAACAAAGUGGGGCUGGUCAUCGGCAAGGGAGGAGAAACCAUCAAACAACUUCAGGAAAGAACAGGAGUGCAGAUGAUGAUGAUUCAGGAUGACCCCAUGCCCACUGGUGCAGACAAGCCCCUAAGAAUCACUGGAGAUCCUCUCAAAGUCCAACAAGCUCGUGAACUUGUUGCAAAACUAAUCCGAGACAAAGACCAAGCAGAGUUCAGAUCAGGCAGAGGAGACAAUGGAUACAAAAUUGGUGGCACCACCCUCGAUAUGGCUGUUCCCAGGUUUGCAGUUGGUAUCAUUAUUGGUAGGAAUGGAGAAAUGAUCAAGAAGAUCCAGAAUGAUGCUGGUGUACGGAUUCAGUUUAAACAAGGUCAGAGUACCUUUGCUUUUAAUUUGCAAUGCAUUAAACUGGUACCAAAUCAUUUUUUGUGUUGUGUAGAUGAUGGAAUAAGUCCUGAACGAGUUGCUCAGGUGAUGGGUCAGCCUGAGAACUGCCACCAUGCAGUGCACCUCAUUAAUGAACUGGUUCAAACAGCUCAGGAGAGGGAUGGGUUUGGAGGAAUGACUGGACGCCGUGGUCGAGCGGACUGUAAUGUUGGAGGGCUUGGUGGUUUGCAGGAAGUGACUUAUGCAGUACCUGCUGACAAGUGUGGCCUGGUCAUCGGGAAAGGUGGUGAGACCAUCAAAAACAUCAAAGAGCAGUCAAGAGCUUUUGUAGAACUGCAACGCAACCCACCACCAAACACCGACCCCAACAUGCGCAUCUUCUCUAUUCGUGGGACCCCUCAGCAACUGGAGAAGGCUCGUCAGCUGAUCGAUGAGAGAAUUGGGGGCCCUGGGAUAGGGGGUAACGGCAACUUCAGUGUGAGCCCCUACAGCCAAGGACCAUCCACUCCACCACAACAUGGGCCUCAGAGCUACAUGACUGGAAGAUGGGGCACUUCAUUUCAGAUAUGGCAGCCUCAAGGUCAGCAGGACCACAGUCACAAUGGAUCCCAGACAGGCCAGAUGGACUGGGAGCAGUAUUAUAAAAAGCUCGGACAACAAACACAAGCUCAAAGUAGUCCUGAAUACAAAGCUUGGGGACAGACAUCUGGCCCUUCAUCUCAACAAACUUCAACUGACUACAAUUCCUGGGUGGAUUUUUACAGACAACCGAUGGCCUUCUUUAAUCAGGGUGCACAGCAGACCACGGCUCCAGGCAUACAGGAUCAUUAAGAAAUUAAGGACUUGAAAGACACAGAAUGGAGGCAACCCGUUUUGUAAGGGUUUUAGAUUUGCAGCGCCUUGAAGAUCUGAUCUUAGUGAGCAACACUAGCUGUAGAAUAAUAAAGUAAUAUUUCUAAAUUAAUCAGGAACUUUUGUUUGUUACUAAAUGCUUCUGUACACUGUUAUUUUGAAUAGAUUGUAUUAAGGAUCCCUUUUGGACUUGAGGUAUUUGGUUUGUUUUCAUGUCUGACACAGAUUGUACUGCCAAAACCAAUCCAACUGUUGUAACAUUUCAAAAGGCAAUAUAAUCUAGUUUUCUUGAAAUACAAUGAAACUAUGAUAAUUUGCUUAGCAGUCUUGAAUAAUGUUGUAUGUCAUUAAAUGUUGAAAUGUGCAAGUUUUCCUUCAUAAUUCAGUGAGCCAACACUGUUACAGAAAUGUAUUUUUUGUUACAAGGUUUAAGCUAAGGAUUCAAUCCGUGACAGUUAUUUUAAUUUAAUUCUUGUGCAUUGUUAGCUGUUUUUCAUUGUCAUUUUAUUGUUGUCUCGUUUAAAAACAAGGUGCAAUAUCUUAUUUCACUUUUGAAACAAAGAUGUUUUCCUAAUACUUUGACAAAGUUUUAACUUGUAGUUUUAACUUUUUUUUUUUUUUCAAAUGAAAAUGUCAUUGAUAAUUUAUUGCAUUGAUCUGAUACAGGAUUAAUGGGAAUGUUGCAUAUAGCUUUGUUGCCUUUAUUACCUUUGUAAAACUGUAUAUAUGCUCAUAUUUGACUGUUAAUUUAAAAUGUAUAUGUUUCAGUACUUUCCUGUAAUCAUAUUUACAGGGAAUGGUCCCUUUCUGUUUUUCAUACUGAAAAUGUUCAAAGAUUGUGAAUGUCUUGAAAUUUGAUGUUGCAUCUUUAUGAAGAAAAUAACUGGUUGAUUUUGUGUAUUCUAUGUAUUUUAACUAUUCAAGACUGCUAAGCCUGUGGAAAUGUAUGUGUGGUUAAUUAUAGUAUUUUAUGUUUUAAGUAUUAUCAAAGCUGUCUUAUUUGGUACCUGUUGGUUUAAAUUACCCUACCCUAUCUGGUCGUGGGCUCUAAGAUUCUGGACUUAGUCCAUUCAUACUUUUUAAUUGUAUUAUUUUCAUGUGAUCUAAUAUAAAUGAGAUGAAUACAACAUUAUGGAAAUGUGAUUAUGGUAUUAAUGGUAGUUUUAUUUGAUUGAAAAAGGGAUAUUAAUUUCUAAUUGUGUAAUCAUGGUGUUUUGGUUUUUUUUGAGUUUUUUUUUUUUUUUUUUUUGUUAUCUGAACCAUGUAUUAAAACAUCUGACUACUACUA